GACACGCCUUUUACUUCUGUUUUUUGACAAAUGCUGUCUUGUUUAUAAUGUAGAGAAGAUACGUUCACAGUAACGAAGAUAUUUGUGUGGAUAAUGUAACAAUGUCAACGGCUCAAAACUCCCCCAGCUUGUUAAAACUCACAACUUAAUAGUCAGCAGAAUGUUGGACAAAGUUUCACCAGCGUUACCAAUAGCAACCAGACCCAGCUUCUGUUCCUCCUGGCCCAGACGGUCAGCGUUGCCGUGUUGAGCUACAUUAUUAAUGAUACCACAGAAACUCAACCUAACCGAGAAGUUAUGUGACAAGGAAGAAGGGAAGAGACACUGCAGCAGGUUUUAAGAGUAGGAGCAAAUGUUACUCAACCACAGCUAAAGCCACUCCGGAGAAGGAGCAGCCCAGGACCACAGUGAGUUACCAGCAAAACCAGAAGAAAACAGAUGAAAAAUGCCUGAUGGAGGGGGACUCUGAGGAUGAGGACAUUCAGGGAGAGGACAAACCCACUGUGCUGUGGGAGAGGUGCAUUCAGCAGAGCAUCUUAGUUGAGCUCAGUGAGGAUGAGAGUAUUCACCUAAGUGAUCUAGAGAGCUCUUUAGCUUUACACGUAUCCCAAGCAGAAUCAGCUGCCUCUGAAGCAAGCAUUCAUCUCAGUGGAAGUGCAGAGCUGUCAGCAUUAGAAGAAUCCUCCUCAGAGAGCAAUGUUGAUAGGAGUAAUAGUGUAAAUGCUGUCGAAAACAAAAAUAAAAGCAUUACGUUGCAUCUGUCGGCCCAAAGACCUAACACCAUUCGCGAUGAGCCACCCUCCAAACCGGGGAUUGAAGACCCAGGACAAGACACCAGUGAUGAGGAUCAUGAAGAUCUUCCUUAUGAUGAGGAUCUCAGAAGCUCGUACUUAAACCAAACAUCUAGUCCUUCUGGAAACUCUGAUGGAGGAAAAACUGUUCCUGGAAGCCCAGAUUCUCCUGGUCCGCUUGAGAAAGAUAAGAAUACCAACACUAAACCUGCGGAGUCUCUUAACGCUACCAAUCAAAUUGAGAUUGCUCUUCCUACAGACAUUACCCAUGUCUUGCUGCGACACUUCUCUCAGGGGGAGUUGCUCGGACUAGAAAGGCUGAUUGAGGCAGAGACCUUGCCAGAGGUGUCUCUGCUGGAAAGCGUGGACGACUCCAUGUUUAGCUUGGCUGCAACAACCACUACACCAGGAAAUUUCUGCUGUAAAAGUGAAAAUACUCUAGAAAUUGGUCAAAAAGGAUCAAAGAAUGAAUGUUUAGAAGAAAAAACUGAAAAGAAAAUUGAUGAUUUUGCUUCAGUUGCAACUGAGGAAAACGUGUCCAGCUCAGGAAGUAUAAACCAGAACAGAGGGAAUGACUCUGCAAAUGAAACUGAGCAAAACAAGACAAGAGAGGAUGAUCGGAAUCAGAGAGUCCCUCUCAUUCGCACUAGGUCCUUCUGUGAGAUGAAGUAUGGCCAGGGACAAGUUCAUUACCGUCUCCCAGAUUUCUCCAAGGUGGCCCCGAAAGUAAAAAUCCCUAAAACUCCAAGUGGACCUGUGAGACCAGUUCCCCCAAACCCGAACACCAUUCACAGAGCCCAGUCUUCUCCUGGUAUGUUAGAGUUGAUCAGCAGAGUCCUGGAGGACUCGAUCCCACCAGCAGAGUUGCCCUACAUCUUUGAAGACAGUAAAAACCAACCUCCACCAGCAAUGGUGCAUCACCUGAGGACUGAACAUGACAAAUUACUGACCAGAUAUGUAGAUUCAGUGAACCUUAUAGAAGUAAUGGUACCAAAACCAAAUAUUCGUCCACCCUCAGAUGAAGCUGAGAAGCAACUUAAGAUUGGUGUAGAGACUCAUCCCAAAUACUUGGCUUCUCCCCUUCCGCUGUCAGAAAACUUUAUUGAGAAAGAGAGUGAAUCGACUCGGCACACAAUAGUCAAGAAAGCAACCAGAGUUUUAUCCAACCAGCAUCAGGAUAAUCUUAGUGAUGGUGAGAGAUUAACUGCUGAGCUGAGAGAGAUCAUCAUCCAGUUUAUGCAGAAGGUUGAAGAAUUCAAAUGUAAUGUUACUAAUAUGGCUGUAAGCACAGCUGAGCAACAAAUGAUGCUGAGGAGCAUGAUGGAGGCGCAGGAUGAGCUUGAAAGGAAAUACAUCAGUAAGAAGGACGAGCACAGAGCUCUGGAGAUGCAGAACUAUAUGGGUCUAUCCAGAAACACUGGCACUUUUGACCCAGACAGACUAAUAGAGGGAGACAUAUUCAGGAUAGGGAUGCACCUAGAGGACAUAAAGGAGGUCAUUGACAGAAACACGUAUGAACAGAUUUCUCCACCCCACUCGUCCUCCACUCCCACGACCACCACUGUCUCGCUGCAUGAGAAGCCCGGUUCACUUUCCUUUCACACAAGUUCGCCUCCACCUGCACCUUCCCUGCAUGAGGGGGAAAUUGCAGGCUUUUCCACUGAGAGUUGCAAAGACGAUGCACAGAAAGACCACAGUAACCAAAGAGAAGUUGAAGACUCCACAGAGGAGCGUGUGAAUGGUGGAUUUAACCAAAGCUGGGAGAUCAGGACCGCUGACCCUUUAAAGGAAACUGUCAAGCAGCCCAUCAGCAAUUCCCACGGCCUGCUGGGCUCGGUACACAGACUGCACUGUCAGACAGCAGAAGAUGAGCAGGAGACAAUUUUAACUUAUCCGAGUGGAAGCAAAUGUGCUUCCACUCGGAUAAGACUGCCUCUGUGGACCCCUGACAGCUCUGACUUGAAUACAAGCAGUGAAUGUGAUCUGGGUGAUUGUGUGUGUCCGGCAGCGGCGCGCUACUGUUCUUCUCAUCCUCCCAGAGACUCAGACAGCCGCAGCAUCUCACAGCCCGCGGUCAACACCUCAUGUCUGUCACAGCGGAUAUCUAGUCCAGAGACAGACAGUGGAUUUGGAAGCUCCUAUCUGAAUCAGUCAGCCACUGAAGCAUUUCAACCAAAUGUCCUGACAGGAAGCAUUCACUCCAAGUGUGACGACCUAAACAACUCAGACAGUGAAGCUUCCUGCUCCAACCUGGAAACAACUAUCCACACAGUCGCCGUGGCUACCAACUCAUCCAUCAAAACGCUGCACUGUGAAGCAGGUGCAGCUGCAGUGGAGUUGUGGGUGGAGAACACCACCCAGGAGCCGUCAGUCAGGCUGCAGAGGACUGACCAAAUACGUCUUGCCCACAUACCUGAGCCAGCUUUCAGGACCUCCAUGGACACUGGAGACAAACACACUCCUCUGAACUCCUGUUCUUGCAACAGCGAGGCCAUCCUGGCCUUGCAGACAGAGGUAUCAAAGUUAAAGAAGGACCUGGAGCAGGGGUUGGUACAGCUACCCCACUUGGCACAGAGGAUGGACUACCUCACUUCAAAAUACAGACAGGAAGAUUCAGACCGCACAUCUAACAUCCAAACUCACACACCAGCUUCAAAAAAUUUAGGGAAGUCGAGCAGCAGAGGGAGGAGUAACCUCACAUCCAGUCUAGAGAGAAUAGAUGACUGGAUUUCCUCAGACAUGGAACGAAGCAAGAGCAAAGACAGCGGUGGUGGAAGCUGCUCUGAGAUAAUGAUGCAAUUUCCUGAUUCACCUGUGGGAGGAGUAUUUUCCACAUCUGAGCUUCAAGACAAACUCCAGCACACAAGAGGUACUGUAGGAAUCUCUGGUUUAAAAGCACAGAAUGAGCGUCGUGUGAAGCAAAGGCCACAAGUCAUCAAGAGUUUUACCUCUAAAGAGAGGUGGUCUCCCUCUCUCCAGAAGCCCCUCCUUCAGGUCAACUAUGGCUCCUCCUGCAGCCUGCCAGCCAGCUAUAAAGUGAGAGAGCCACAGUUGCUGUCCACAUCCUGUCACAGAAAACACUCCACUCAGUCAGACACUGCACUUCUGCCCAGCAAUGUGUAUUUUCAGCAGACUCUGUCUCCAGUCUCUGUUCCUCCCAGGGCGACCAGCAGACGCAGAGGCAAAAAGGAGGAAGACAUGAACAGGACUCUGGACCAGGCCAUUGAAGUUGCUCGCAUCAUGAAACGGACCACAGAUCGUAUAGCCAGGAAACUUUCUGCUGACUUAGCCAAGGCACAGCUGCACAAGAAAAUUUACAACACGCAACCGCUAGGGGGCAGAAAACACCACACUCCCUAAAUGUCAUCACAUUUCACUGAUCUUCUGUAAUACAUUGUAUGGGGAUCCUUUAGUGCCACAAUUCAGUAAAUAAAUGAGACAUUAAAUAAAUAUUCAUAUACUUGAUAGUAUAAAUGAAACUAAAAAUAUUAAAUGUUAAAUACAAAAAUACAUUCUGUAAAAUUAGUUAAAUAUUUCAAUUAUUUAUUUUCAAAAGAAAUGGCAAAUAUUAAGUGCAAAUUAAAAUUUACUGUGUGUCAAAAACAAAUGUCAAUAUUUAUAAACUUUUUUCAAUAGCCCUCCUGUGUUGCAGACAGCACAUGGUCAACUUAUAGAUUAGUUAAACUUCUGUGCAGGUUAACCGAUCAAACAACUAAUUAUAUAAUUUUUAACUUAGUGAGUUUCAGUUUAAUUUACCAGUUUAUUUAACUGUUUAUUUCAAUUUUGUUUUAAUAGAGAUUUGUGUAAGUGUUAAUUUUUAAUUUCUUAAAUAUAUUUAUCGCAGUUUUAUUUAAACUUUCAUAUGUAUGAAUAUUUAUUUAAUAAAAUAUGUUAUAGAUUGUGGUAUGUUUGGGCCUCAAUACAAAAGACUCAGGUAACAUGCAUCGAAAAAACUGUUUUGAUGGGUUUUUUGUAAAAAUGCAUCAGUUUAUUGUUUUCUUCUUUAAACAGUACAUAUUUAUUAAUGUCUGAAAUUGAUUUCUUCUUUUCGGACAUCAGUUUGUUUAUAUGUAAAUCCUAUGUGAGUUUUUAUAUAACAUGUGGUUCAUAUUUAUUACUCAGAAAGAUGCAUUUAUUAACCUAUAUGUUCUGCAGUUUGUAAAUUUGUCCUGAUAUUUCAACUCACAACAAUUUCUCACAAUCUUAUAAGAUUAUUCUAUAGAAUAAACUUUAUAUUGUGACAUUGCUCGAUUGUCCAUACAGUGUAGUUACAUAAAACCUU